UAAUAAUUCUUCUGAUUACCAACAAUGCUUUCCCCCUCAACAACAAUCUGGUUCUAGAAAGUGUCAUUCAAAGUUCAAGUAUAAGCAGCCCUUCCAGAAGAAGGACUCUGAUCCGGACAAACGGAAGCUUUUCAGCACACUUUGCCCCAUUACCCCCCGAACUGACUCUCUCUACCUCAAAUUUUUUAGGGGCAAGGUUGUCCUUAGACCGGACAUUUCCUUUUUGCCAAAGAUAGUUUCUGUCUUCCAUCUCAACCAAGACAUUGUUCUUUCAACGCUUGCUCCAAACCCGGCCACCGACACCGAGCGUCGACUCCAUUCCCUCAAUGUCAGGCAGGCUCUGGCUUUGUACUUCGACAGGACCUCGGUCUCGAGGCGUUCCUGCCGACUUUUCGUCUGCUAUUCCAUUCCUAAGUUAGAACUGCCUGUCACCUCCCAACGCUUCUGUAAAUGGGUGACCUCCACUAUCCACCUCGCAUAUGAACUCUUUGGGAAGACACCUCCUGCUCGAAUUUGAGCUCAUUGAACCAGGGUGGUAGCUACUUCCUCUGCCUUCCUCUCUGGCAUUUCCUUGGAGGACAUUUGUAAGGCUGCGGUAUGUUCACAACCAUUGACUUUUAUCAAGCACUACUGACUUGAUACCAGACAACGCCGUGAACCAGGCUUUGGCAGAGGAGUUCUUCUUUCAGCUUCACGUUGAGGUAUCACCCACGUGUACUUUACAUUGAUAUAGAUAUUCAUCAUGGAGAUGGUGUUCAGGAGGCUUUUUACUUGACAGAUCGUGUCAUGACAGUGUCUUUUCACAAAUAUGGGAAUUACUUCUUCCCUGGUACAGGUGACAUGUAUGAAGUCGGGGCAGAGAGUGGACGCUAUUACUGUCUGAAUGUACCUUUGCGUGACGGCAUUGAUGACCAAAGUUACAAACAUCUCUUCCAACCAGUCAUUAAUCAAGUGGUAGAAUUCUAUCAACCCACAUGCAUAGUGCUGCAGUGUGGAGCUGACUCCUUAGGUUGUGACCGUUUGGGUUGCUUUAAUCUCAGUAUAAGAGGACAUGGGGAGUGUGUGGAAUAUGUAAAGAGUUUCAACAUUCCUCUUCUGGUGCUGGGAGGAGGUGGCUACACAGUUCGCAAUGUGGCCCGAUGCUGGACUUAUGAAACAUCAUUGCUUGUAGAUGAAGCUAUUAGUGAGGAGUUACCAUACAGUGAAUACUUUGAAUACUUUGCUCCAGACUUCACUCUUCAUCCUGAUGUCAGCACCAGAAUUGAAAAUCAGAACUCGAGGCAGUACUUAGAUCAAAUCCGACAGACUAUAUUUGAGAAUUUGAAGAUGCUGAAUCACGCACCCAGUGUCCAAAUCCAUGAUGUCCCUUCUGAUCUGCUGAGCUACGACCGCACUGAUGAGCCUGAUCCAGAAGAGAGAGGGUCAGAGGAUAACUACAGCAGACCGGAAGCUUCCAAUGAGUUUUAUGAUGGCGAACAUGAUAAUGAUAAAGAAAGUGAUGUGGAGAUAUGAUGCCUGCUGCAGUCUGGAUUGUGUGCUACUGCCUGGAUAAUGGUGCUCUAAGGAGAAAGCAGGUUCCAUUAGAAAUUGUCUGCUCUUCCCAGCUGUUGCUUGAAGCCAUGGCAGCAGGAUGGCUGAUCCAUGAGAAUACUGAGGUGCAAAAGCAACAAGAGGACCCCACAUUCCCUAUGUGACUUUGCCGUCCAAUGCUGUUUGUGAAAAUAGAUAUUCAUAAUAUCAGGUUCACAGAAGUCUACCUUGCUGCUGUGUAAGCAAUUUCAAGUUUCAUUCUGCAGUAACUUUUGUUACUUUUAUGUCUAUGUCCAAUUUUAAUGGAAGGACAAAUCUGUUGCACUGGGAACAUUUCUUCUGACCUGUUUUGAUACAGGUUUACAUAAUAUUCGGUUCAAAGAGCUGAUUUGAAAUCCAUAAAAAACUAUAGUGAAAAGAUACUUUAUUUCAUCCAGUCACUAUUCCCUUUUGUAGUAAUUCAGAUGAAAGGGAGCACCAGAUAUGGUUUGCUGAUAUUUUUCUGAGAUGUAGUAGAAGUGGGAAAGCCAACUUUGGAGGCAGUGCAGGUUUAUUUAGUACAUGGCUUAGCUUAAUUCCUGGGUUAUUCUUGAAACAAUUUUUCUCUACAGUUGGGAUGUGCUGAAACUCUUUUAUCUUUAAUGGGCAGUUUGAGAGUGGAAAGGCUUGGUUGUUGUUUUUUACUAAUUUUUUCUGCUUGGUUACACUGUGUACUUGGAUGCCUGUAUGGUGCCAAAAACCAUGUUAAUGAAAAAUUGAAACCUGCAUGUGUGACAAGAUAAAAACUUCUGUGCACCACCAUCCCCCACCACCACCCCAGUACACACACGAGAAAGUGCAGGUUUUCACCUUUGUUUCAUGGAGAAACACAUUAUUUUUCAGGGUGAGAGACCUGGGCCAAAUGUUUUUGAAUAUCUUCCUAUUUUUUAUAUUUCUCCCUGUGAACGUUUAACACAUAUGUAAUGAACCCUGCCUUCUGAGCAUGGGCCUUACAUGGAUCCUAGGAUACAGUGAUUCAAUGGAAGGAAUUUCUUCACUUCUUCUGUGUCCUACCUCAUAUUGUUUAGGAAAUUAGGGGAGUGGGCACAGGGACGGAAAUGGAAAAUCGUCCUUCCAUUAACUUAAUUAGGAUUUAAACCAGAAUCAGGAAGAUUUCCUUGCAUUAACUGCACAUUCUCCUUCCCUUUUGUGUUUAUAGACAGUGAUACAAUGUGGGUCUCACUUUGGCUGUAAUUGUAAACUGUAUGAAUGAUGGAGAUAUUUGUAAUCAGUAUUGUAAGGACAUCUGUUUUAGCUCCGAUGAGCAGCAGCUGACAUUCUUUAAUGCUGAUUUUUGCCCACUAUGUUUAAAAUAUUAAACAAUCGGAUACUAUUUUUUAUAACCUG